AUGAGCCACAACGAUCCUCGCUCGGAGGCUUCGAAGAAGCGGGAUCUCAUUUCUCGAGGUGAUUACACAUCGACACCUGCUGGCAAAGCAACCUUCUUCUUGCUUCGUGCAGUUGAGCCCCUCCUGCAGUAUGGAAUCCUUACUCAUGGCAUCGGUACACCGAUUUUGCAUCGUAUUGGACUCCGCACCCUUCCAGCUGGACUCCCAGCACACACAGGCAUCGCUGCUAUUGACAACUUAGGCCUGUCGCCGUACAGGCUCGUGUUAUUGGGAAUGUCUAUUGGCAGUGCCGUCAAGCAGAACAUCUGGGUGACACUGCUGUCGGGCGAACCUAUGCCUGUUAUUCCUGCCAUCGAAGUCGGCCUGUUCAACGCCUUCUUCAACAGCAUCAGUAGCUACGCCUUCCUCUUAAGCGCCACAUCAGCCUCCACGGAGACAGAUUUCCCGCAACCAUCUCUUAUUGUGGGUGGGACGUUGUAUACUGUCGGCAUCCUCACCGAGCUCAUAGCGGAAAUUCAAAGGAAGCGCUUCAAGUCCAACCCAACGAAUAAGGGCAAGGCUUACACAGGAGGCCUCUGGCAGUUCGCCCGACACAUCAACUACGGCGGAUACACAAUUUGGAGGGCAGGCUAUGCGUUGGCUGGAGGUGGCUGGGCUCUGGGCGCGCUUGUAGGCGCGCUUUUCGCAAUUGACUUUUCAACACGGGCAGUUCCCAUCCUCAACGAGUAUUGCGAAAAGCGGUACGGCGAUGCCUGGGAAAAGUUCAAGCAGCAGACGCCCUACCGCCUGAUCCCGUUUGUGUACUGA